GCGGAUAUCGAUUCAGUCUCGCGCAAACCACCCCCAUGAACCGUACCCGUUGCAGCAGCUCCACCUUGCUAGUUUUGUUUUCCGUUCGGUGUGAUGACUGACACAUAAACAGAGAGUGCGAAACGAACAGGCACAUCGCGGUUUUAAGAAGUGCAUCCGUGCACGCACGGUACAGCGACGCGUCCGAUAGAACUGAUUAUCGUGAUCCUCGUUUGAUAAUGCUCAUCGAUUUGACAAACAACCCCGUAGCGGCGUUCCGCCGUUCAUAGUGAGGUGGUCAAGUUUAUUACAUAAACCGGAGUCGUGACGAAAAGACGCGAUACCCAUUCGGUUCAUCUUACACACGUUCGUUCCUUUACUUCUUGAAACCUUCCUGUCCUGUCCAAGAUACUUGUCUCCUUUCGUCGGAUAAUUCGGCCGACAGUGACGGGCUGUCGAUUAAAAUAGAUCGUUCCAGCGAAACGUCUCGUCAUCGAUUCGCGACGAGCUCUCUCGAAGGGUCGCGUUUUCGUUCGGCCACGCGCGCCGACACAGCCGAUAAAUUUAGAUGUCAAUUAUGAUCGAACCGUUCGGGAUCGAGCGUCUGUAACGUCGGGGUGAUCUGGAAGGAGCGAAAGGGUGAGGAGUCGAAACUCCCUUGCGUGCUCGUCGAAUAUGAUACGCUUCAAUCACGGCCGCACGCGUCUUUUUACUUCUUGACUACGUGGUUGUGCAAAGGGAGUGCGCCUCCCCGGUUCGUGAGAGAUGUCUUCGAUAUCAGCGCAGGGGGUCGUCGAGAGAGCCAGCGCAGAGUUGACUAAGAGAAUCAACGGUCUGGGGCUGAGAACGUCCAAGCAUCAUGGUGGGGGAAAGGCGAGCGUCAUGGAACGCGUCACGCACGUGUUCUGCGGUAGCGGCGGUGUUCCGUAUACGAAUUUACAGAGCGCGAACAAUGCGAACGCGACCCCGGAAAAGCCUAGCAGAAGCGUGCCGUCGUCGAUGAGCAACAUGCCAUCGGCGAACAACAAGAGCCUGAACCCGGUCGGGACGCCGAGCAGAAGGAUAUCGAGAAAUCGCCCGAAGAACGUGCCUCUAGCUAGCGGUGGUACCGGCGGAUACGCAGCGCCCACGACGUGGGAUCAGCUGGUGCUGGACGAUCAUUUCCUCAGCAAAUUCUUCCUCUACUUUACGGCCAUCGAGAGGAGGAUUUUGGCUCAGGUGUGUUCAAGAUGGAGGGACAUCCUUUACGCGCGACCUCGACUUUGGGCAGGUUUGGUGCCCGUGUUGAGGUGUCGCGAGGUGCGUGCGAUGCCUCCCAAUUCGCGUACGCGACUCUACGCCUCUUUGGUCAGAAGAGGAUUUCACGCGCUGGUACUUCUCGGCGCGUCCGACGAGGAUAUCCCGGAACUGACGCACGGAUUCCCGUUGGCGCAGAGAAACAUCCAUUCGUUAUCGAUGAGGUGCUGCGCGAUCACUGACCGAGGGUUGGAAGCCCUCUUAGAUCAUUUGCAAUCAUUGUACGAGCUCGAAUUAGCCGGUUGCAACGAGAUAACGGAAGCCGGGCUGUGGACGUGCUUGACACCUAGAAUAAUAUCGUUGUCCCUGUCGGAUUGCAUUAACGUAGCCGACGAAGCCGUCGGCGCUGUCGCUCAAUUGCUGCCGAGCCUCUACGAGUUCUCGUUGCAGGCUUACCAUGUAACAGACGCCGCCCUUGGAUACUUCCACGCUACUCAAAACAGUUCCCUCAGCAUCCUCAGGCUGCAAUCUUGUUGGGAACUCACCAAUCAUGGCAUAUAUAAUAUUGUACAUUCCCUGCCGACCCUGACUGUCCUGUCGCUGUCCGGAUGCAGCAAGGUAACUGACGACGGUGUCGAGUUGAUAGCUGAAAACUUAACUAGACUCCGCUCGUUGGAUCUAAGCUGGUGCUCGAGGAUCACGGACGCUGCCCUGGAGUACAUCACGUGCGACUUGAGUCACUUAGAGGAGCUUACGUUGGAUAGGUGUGUGCACAUCACGGACAUAGGCGUGGGCUACAUUUCUACAAUGCCAUCGUUGAGCGCAUUGUUCUUGAGAUGGUGCAUAAUGCUUAGAGACUUUGGACUUCAGCACUUGUGCGGCAUGAAAUCCUUACAAGUACUCUCGGUGGCAGGCUGUCCAUUGCUCACAAGUAGCGGGCUCUCCAGCCUGAUUCAGCUCCGUCAUCUACACGAGCUGGAACUUACCAAUUGUCCGGGUACCUCGCAGGAGUUAUUCGACUAUUUACGCGAACACCUGCCGCGUUGUCUGAUCAUCGAGUAGACGAGAGCACGGCAAAGGCUCGGGGAAUCCGUUCGCGUUCCAGCCAGAAUACGUUUCUAUUCUUAUAAGAGGAGACAGCAUAAAACAAAAUGUUUUACGUAAAGCAAUACUUAGAAUGAAGGAGACUGUGCGAGAGGCAAUGGAAAAUGCAUGUAGAAAAGGAAGCAAUUGACGUCCAUACGCGAGUACUAUCGCUACUAUAUUCUAUCUUGUAAUGCGACGAAGGAUAUUAAAACAGAAACACUAGCCCGUAACUAACGUGCAAGCGUUAACACUAAGAUAUAGCGCGUAGGCAUUUUUAAUACACCAGAGCUCCAAAAUCGCACUCCUUUUUCGCCGAUGUUAGACUUUUGAUCGGACGAUCCGAUCCGUUGUGUUGUUUCGUUUUCACUUUUCUUUGUCGAAAGUGUUUAAACAAAAAGACAGAAAGAAAUGUAACAAAAAAAUAUGUAUGCGCCUCGACGACUCGGUAUUUGAUACUGAGUUUCACUGCUUGAAGAUAGAAGGAAAAAAAGAAGAAACAGUUUAAUAAUAGUAGGUUCUCGCUAAAUAAAGAAAGCUGAAAACAUAGAUAGGAGAUAGCGAUUGUCCGACGAUUGGACGACACACGACAGACUCGACGACAGUUAGAACUGUGAUAAAUUUUUAUUGUACGUACAUACACGUGUGUGUACAUACAUUGUUCUACUAUGUUUAGGGCGUUGUUCGAAAACCCGCUUCAUCGUUUCAAACUCCAGGCGAGCGGCUAUCAACGCGUUAGACGCGUUGCUUACGAAGGGUAAUGAAUCUAAAUGUUGGAGAAAAUUGAAAUGAUUACAAGGAAAUAAAAAACAUUCCGAUUGCGUGUUGACGGAGGAUUUUUAUUUCACGAGGAAACACUCCCCGCGUUUUGAUUUGUUCGACGACAAGUAUUGCUGACUAAACGAACGAGAAAAAUGAAGAAAAUGAGAAAAAAAAAGGAGUUAACGAUCAUUGCACAUCUAUGUAUUGUCUAUAGGAGGACGAAGAAGAAAGUUUUUAACUUAUAUUUUACCUACGUAUAUUCUGCUGUCAUGUAAUUAAUGUUUCCUACAUUUAAGGCUUACACCUAGCUAAGUUCUCCAUGUUUUUUCAUUAAAUGUAACCAUAUAUCGCAAUAUAGAAGAAAACGUAUUUUAUGUGUUUAAUACUGUUAAAUAUUUCGACGGGUUAUCUAUUAAGAAACGGAAGACAUUAUUGCCAGACAAAUACCGUAAUCCAAUGUGUGUUUUUUCACACUGCGGCGUUGCAGCCAGGAGCAACGUUUUUUAUGUUCAGACUUGUACAAUUUAACUUCUAUGUAACGUUUUAGCAUUACCUCGACUUCUACCGAACUGAACUUUGUUUUCUGCGUGUUACCACCGUAUUUAGCACAUAACAUCUUUGUAUAUAUUGUACAAAUAUACGAUUAAUAAUUCUGUUACCAAUCAAAACUAAAUAUAUACAAAAUAUAUAAAUAUAUCCGCACACGUCAAAAUUCUAAUCUGUGGUCGGGUCGUGUGCGCGACUCGAAUCACGGAUGUAACUUAUAAGAGUGAUAUAUAACAUGAUGGAAUGUGCUGUGAAAUAAAAAUUUAUUGAUCCGAA